CUUUCGGACCAUAAGCCAGAUUCCUCGAGUCCAUUUGGUGACACAUCUUCGAUAUUGUCAGGUGCAAUGCCUCCUAGAUCCCCUCUGGCCCCAGUGGAUCCGUCUAUUCCGGAUGUAAAGCCUUCGAGAUCAACUGAUGCCCAUUCUUCUAUGGAUGCUCAUCGGCACCGAGAAUUGAAGUGGAUGGCUCUCCUGCCUACAACACCUCCCGCACAGGCGAGGAAGAGUAAGAAAGUCAGACGGCUGCUAAUAGAGGGUGUCCCUUCUUCUGUGCGCUACCUUGUUUGGUGUCAUCUAACCGAUAGCAAAGCACGCGCUCUACCCAAUGUUUAUUCUCAGCUUGGGAAACGAGGGCGGGUCCCAGUAUUCAAUGAGAUUGAGCGCGAUGCACAAAGGCUUUUCCCAGAUCAGGCACAGUUGCACAACGCCAAAGGCCCUUUAGUGUCACUUUUGCAGGCGUACCUAAGCAUGGUACCGGACAUCCAA